CUGCUGUCGGUCUCGGAUGAAGCAUUACCUCCUUCCUCGGCUUUCAAGCUUCCACAUGCUCAUGCAAUGACACCUUCUCCGCAACCCAGGCUCGCUGCUGACACAUGGUGGCUUGCAUUCGUCGGCGUAUUAAUUAUUAUAUUGCAGUAAGCUAGGACUUGCCGGCCUGUUGAAGCGCCGCAUGCAUCAGUGAUACAAGCAGGUUUGCCAUGUAAAAUAGGACCGCAACGUCCCGGCCCCGUGUCCCGUUCACGUCGGGUUUCGAAGUUUCUCUUGCUCUUGCUGCUGUGCUGCUGCACUCGGACCCUUUUGGUAUGUACACCCUUCGGCCCUCUUGUUGACAUCGGAUAAUCGCAGCCAUGUCAAUAACGGCAACAGCAGCGGCAACAGCAGCCACCCCUCCGGCCGCCUUCACCCCCCAUCCGGAUGCGCCUCUUUCUGGGGCCGCGCGGUCCGUCUCCGAGAGCGGCCUUGUCGCGGUCGUUUGGGUCUGCUUCUCGAUUGCCACUCUCUUCGCCGCCCUGCGCCUGAUCGUCCGCUUUCGAGGCAACCACUUCUUCCUGGCGGACGAUUACUGGAUCAUGUUUGCUUGGAUGACCCUCCUUACCAUGGCGAUUCUGCAGACACUUCAGAUGCCGUCUCUCUGGUAUCUAACGUAUCUCCGCGCGGGCCGCAUCGUCCCCGAUCAGAGCACGGCCCACAAGACAGAACAGCUCACACGUUGGCAAUUCCCCAUCAUCAAGCUCUUCUGGACCACCUUGUGGUCCGUCAAAGCGAGCUUCAUGACAGUCUUCUUCCGCCUCGUCAAGCCUUUUCCCGUCAUUCGUCGCCUGUGGUACUGCGUUGCCGUCAUCGCUGCCCUCGCCUACAUUGGCUGCUGGCUGUCGAGUGCGCUGACUUGCAAUCCCCCGAGUGAUUAUUUCAAAGCCGGCAAAUGCAACUCGCCCCGCGAAGUUUGGAAUCAGAGCUUCAACGUCAUUUACUCGACCACAGUUGACGUCGCGACCGACCUCAUGAUCAUGGCACUGCCCAUAUCCAUCUUGCCCUCUCUGAAGCUCGAUAAGAGGCGCAAGAUCGGUCUAGGCAUUGCUUUCAGCCUCGGCGCAAUCAUCAUCACAGUUGCCAUUGUUCGCAUGACCCAGGUCAUUAAACCCAACAGCACAGACGCGGUCGACCUCAUCGGCCUCGCGAUUUGGGGAGCUGUCGAGACCGCCACCGCCGUCAUCGUCGGAUCCCUGCCACCGCUCAAGGCACUACUAUCGCGCAAUCUCAAGAAGUAUCAUGGCUCCUCGCGUACCAAGGGCAGCCGCUAUGGGACAGCUAGGACUCCUCAAGGCUUGGCAACUCACCGCAGCCACGGUGGCGGAUAUGGGCCUAACUCGGAAUCGCGUACCGUCAUGGUGGCCGAGUCAAUUCCCUUGGAUGCUAUGCACAACCAGACGGGAGGCGGCAUAUAUGUCCAAAGGUCGUAUCAGACCACCGUUGAGUUUGACGAGGCGUCGUCCCGAGAGGACGAUGAGGUCGGAAUUAUAAAAAGAGACCCGCAGACUUGAACCACAUCAAGUGUCCCUUGAUGUGUAUGUUCUGCGUAAGGGGGGCCCGGGGGGGGGGGGGGAUACUUGCUGUUCACGACGAUCCGAAUCAUUAGGUGUGUGCACGUAUGUAUAUAGAACUCAAUCAUGUCAGGGAAUCAAAAAACGAAGACAAUAGAGGCAUCCCCCUCCCCUUUCCUUAGUGGGAAC